CAUCUGGAGGAGUGGGGGUGUUUGCAGCAUCAGUUGAUCCUAGCAUCAGUUAGUUUCUCAUUUUUUCGUUUAUUAAACGACUUGACAGUUUUUCGGAUGUGCAUCUCUCAGUUCAUAUUGGGAUUUUAAGAUCUCUUGAUAACGUUGGAAGUAGGUAGUAAAACAACUAGGGUGUUUGCUGAUGCUUAGGUCAUGCUAGCUAGCGGAAUUGCCGCACCUGCACAACAGACAGCUUUACAUGAUGCACAUAGCCAUAGGCACCCCUGCAAUCCGAUAUAAAACCAAUUUAAAGACCUACCAAAAUAAAUAAAAAGCAUAAGCUUUUAUUCUCCAUUUUGCUCUCAUCUUUGAUGUCAUUAACUUGUGGAUACCUCUGGGAUACCUCUGUGGGUGAAGUGUUGUGCCCACAUGGGCAGCGUUCUGGCUUUGUCUUCUGGUCCAGGCCAUCACAACUGGCCUUUCUCCACGGACCCCCCUCCUUCUCGCUGGGAUGCACAUCCUGCUCACUGGGACAGUCCACCAUCCUGGGAGAGGAGAGAUGGUCGCCUACCCAACCCAGGCAGCUUUCACUCUCUCCACAGGAACUGCAAAGAUGUUUUUCCUCAACAGAUUGAGGGAGUUAAGAUGAUCGUCAAUAAAACUCUGAGCAGCUUCUUCAAGGCCAGUCAUACUCUCCACCUCAGCGCUGUCAGUCCGUCAUACUAUCGAUUCCACGUGGAGCAUCUGCAGUGUGAUGAUUACAGCAAGGACAAGGAUGCCCCAGCACUGAUUGGUGAGAUGGACUCUUCGGGAAGUCUGAACGCUCAUGCUCUGCUGCAUCUCACAGAACGUGUACGAGCCAGAACAGUGUUCCAGACCCAACAGUCCCACUUUGUAACGUGGCAGUUUGAGACUGAGUACAGAGGGAACGACUUCACUGCUGCUGUGACAGUAGCCAACCCAGACAUCCUCAGAGAGUCAGUUAUCCUUGUGGCACACUUCCUGCAGAGUGUGUCUGCUGGACUGGUGUUAGGAGGGGAGCUGGUCUACCAUCGGGGAAGAGCAGAGGAAGGAGGAAUUCUUACUUUGGCAGGACAAUACUCAACAUCUCAUAUUUUUCGGGCUCUUCGUGCAGGACCAAAUUGGGUGGCGACGCUGAAUGCUGGGAAAGGAGGUGCCCAUGCUAGCUAUUAUCACAGAGCCAACAAACAGAUCCAAGUUGGAGUAGAGUUUGAGGCCAGCACCAGGACACAGGAGACCACAACCUCUUUUGGGUAUCAGAUGGAACUGCCAGAGGCCAACAUGGUAUUUCGAGGUAUGAUAAACAGUCGGUGCAUAAUAGGAGGUGUGCUGGAGAAGCGUCUUACCCCACUCCCUGCCACCCUGAUUAUGGGUGCCUUUGUAAAUCACAGAGGUGACAAGCUGCAAGUGGGGCUAGGUGUCAACGUGGGAUAAUCCUCCACUAAGCCCUGGUGGCAUUACAACUCACUGACAGGACAACCAGCCAGAAACCAGUUUCAGACCGGUUUCAAACUGAUUUCAUGAUUUGAUCUUCUGAGGUUUAUCCGCCUCUGUAAAGCAUUUGGAACCACUCGAGUAGCGUGGAUUGUUUGGGUGAUGAAACCCAAAUGUCUUCUUAAAUCCAUGCAUCUCAUCCUGCAACCUACCUCUCAAAAUGGAGAUGAUGUUUUGUGAUGGGCUGACAGUAGGAAGACUGGAUUAACAUUUUGAGGGGCUCACCAUAUGUGAUUGAUGAGUUACUGUCUCUGAGAAAGCAGACUGCGCAUCACCUUCUGGACAGUGUACACAAAAAGGAGAAGAGGCCUAAUGUACUGUUAACUGAAGACAAAUACAUUUUAUACUGUAGGUAUUCAUAAAGGAGCUAGAUGUAUAUAGGUUGUAUUUAAAGACAGUGUUUUACAUGUCUUAACCCAUCAACUAGUAUGUUUAUGUACAGUGUGCCUGACCUUUCUGCUGACCAUUUUCUGAAGGACAUUGUUGUUUAUAAAACUGAUUUAUGCAUUUUCCCAUCUUCCUGGCUACAUUUGUGUCAGUAUUAUUUGAAAAUUGUUUUCUUUGGCAUCUGUCUUCUAAAUUGUGAAUAUUGGCGCUUCCGAAAGAGUUGCUGCCCUCAGCAUAACACUAACAGAGAAAAAAUAAAGCUGAGUAAAUGUGCACUGAUUUUCCCAAGCCAUUCCUGAGAGCUGGCUUCCACCAACCGCUGCUUAGAGGGUCAAUCUAAAAACAAAGUGGUCAACAGAAAUCUCAGCUCUCUGUGUUUUAGUAAAUUAGGGAAAUCAGUAUGAUCUCUAAAGCUGUAUAUGAGUAAGUUAUUGUUUGAACAUCUUUUUUUUUCCAGUAUGUGAGACUUCCACACAUGAACAUGUAGCCCGUUGACUCUAAGAGAAAUGGUGCUGUGCCAUAUAAACCCUCCUCCAGCUGAGGGAUGUCAGUGGCUGUGCACUGAGUCCAUGGGGCUAGGACUAUAAUGUAUGUACAGUAUAUAGAUGAAGACAUGGGGUAACACUGACCUGUAUGCAACCUACACCGCUCACGCUGCUUCUGGACGUUUCCAGUCCCAUUUAACAUAUGAAAUGUUGCACAUCUUUUAUUUAUACAUUAUGUAAUAUAAGUAUGGAGAGAAGUAGAAAGGGUUGACUGUCUUUUUGGACUUAAUUUAUUAAAGAUGUUAUUUCUGUCAUUGUUCUUUUUUUUCUUCAUGAUUAAUAUUUUUAUAGUGUUAACAACAGAUCAAAUUACUGCAUGUUAUAUAAAAUGGUUCACUUGUAGUGAAAAACAAAAUUAGCGCCUAACCCUUAGCGCCAUGGUUCUUAUGAGCCACCUUUAAGUCAUUGUUUUGGUUGUUUAAACAUAAUUGUGCUUCUAGCAAGCUAAAGAAUCAGUGGUUAACACUUUGUUUUACAGGUACGCUAGUUCCACGUAGUUUCAUGAAAGUUUUCUGUAAAGAACCAUGCGAUUUGGUGCUAAUUACAGGUAAAUAAAGACAAAGUUCUGAGACUGUUUUUGUAGUUAGUCCACUGAGUUGUGUUAAAUUUACUUUUUGCUUACAGGUGAAUUUUCAUGAAUGAAAUUACUCAGUUUAAACUUCACUUAAUAUUUGCUUCAUUUAUACUGAACUGCAUU